AUGGGCCACCCCACCGACCCCCCUCCAUCCUACGACCAAGCAACCGCCAGCUCUUCCAGUCCCAGCCAAGAACCUAUGCCAGAGCACACCCACUUUAAAGGCUCAUCACCACCGCUGUCACUACCAUCACCACCCGCCGACUCUCCUAUCCCAGACGCAAACCCCUACCACAGUCUGCAAGCAUCGACUCGCAGAGCCAUCACCGCAACCCUCUCCCCGACCCUAAGCCAAGACGCCUGCACUCUGCACGACCUGGUGGCGACACAGGCGCGCCAGCCGCCACGCCCGCAUCUGAUCGUGCGCGGGACGCACAACGAGAUCCGCUCGCGGCCAGACCGCAAAGAGAAUGAAAACCACGCAGUCCUCGACUUUGACUUUAGCGUCGAUUUGACGCCCUAUAUCCUCGCGAGUGCCGACGAGCCGGACGAUCGGUGGCAGGAGCUGCGCGUUGUGCGCGACGGCGAUGGGACGCUGGCUUUCCGCGGGGGACGGAUCCGGUCGCGGACGGGCUGUGCUCGGAGGCGGGAGAAGAAACGGGGGAGGGGCGUCUCUGUUGAGGAGGGACGCGGGGAAGACGACACCGUUCGGUUGGUGACUGGGGAUGAUGAUGAUAAUGAUGAUGACAUGCCUGGGGGGCCAGGUCUGAUGGGCUGGUGUGAGCGGUUCUGUUGGGACGCGGCGGGGGUCAAAUCGUUCACAUUCAAACGGCGCAUUGACGGCUUCGACGCCUCCGCGGUGCGCUCGGCACUUACGUCCCAUCUGCGCACGCUCAACUACCAAGGCAACAUCCACAUAUCAGUAGAACUAACAAACCGCUCGUUCGUCGUCUACUCCCCGCACUGGAUCAACCAGCUGCGCAACACUGCCUUCAUCUACUACCUCUGCGUGAUCCUGCCGCUGUGGCUCCUCACAUGGCCGAUCAUCUGGCUGCUGGAGCGACGCUACGAGGUCGCCGAGGCGCGCUGGCUUUUUGCGCGCGAGGACGGCCCGCGGCGGCUGUGUGUCGGCGGCCGCGACGAGGCGCACAUCGCGCAGGAUCUGGCGCCCGUCGUGACGCAGGCGGCGUGGGAGCGGCGGGCGGAUGGGCGGGUUUUGACACCGCAGGAGAUGGACCUGCUGAGGCGGCUGGAGCGGGAGGGACGAGAGCGUGGUGGACGCUUGCUGGUUGUGAAUUGGGAUCAUAUCAGUGGGUGGGGCAGGGAUUGCACGAUUGGCGGGUAG